AUGGUCGCAGCGCUAUUCUUGCGCGCCUCUCACCCGGUGCGGCCCACAGGCCGACCUGUCAGUCGCCUGGGAUGCAACGCAUCUCUGCUUCAGAGUCCGUCGCGACUCAAUCUUUCUAAAUUUAAUGGAUUCUCGACAUCUCUGGCCAAGAGCAAUGUUGACUCGCUCGACCGCACCAGGAAUAUCGGCAUCAUCGCCCAUAUCGAUGCAGGCAAGACCACCACCACAGAGCGUAUGCUGUAUUACAGUGGAUUCACGAGACGGCUAGGAGACGUGGAUGAGGGAUCGACAGUGACGGACUUUUUGCCAGCUGAGCGAGCGCGAGGCAUCACUAUCCAGUCGGCAGCCAUUACUUUCCACUGGCCGCCGCAAGGUGCCGGAGGGGAGAAUGCAGCUGCGCAACCAGCACCGGGAACUCCUCGGUCUGCGUACCCGCAUACGGUCAAUCUGAUCGAUACGCCUGGCCAUGCAGAUUUUACGUUUGAGGUCAUGAGAUCGCUGCGCAUUCUCGACGGUGCUGUAUGUAUUCUGGACGGCGUGGCGGGCGUGGAGGCCCAAACGGAGAAAGUGUGGCACCAAGCCAGCUCCUAUCGGAUCCCGAGAGUGGUUUACGUCAACAAGCUGGACCGAGACGGCGCCGCCUUUGGGAGAACAGUCCGUGAGGUUGCCUCGCGACUGGAGGGCUGGCCCGCGGUCUGUCAGAUCCCGUGGUUCGAGGGCGGACAGGGCCGCUUUAUUGGCGUGGCAGAUGCGAUCAACCUGCAAGGGCUGCGAUGGGACGACGGCGACGGGAAGUCGGUCAAAAUGUACAGCCUGGAGCAAUUGGACAGCGAGGAGAAUCAGCUGGCACAGGAGCUGCGACGCGCGAGAACGGCUCUCAUCGAGCUGCUGAGUGAACAUGACGAAAUAAUGGUCGAGAAGUUUUUCGAAUGCGAGGACCAUCUGGCAGUGCCGGCCCACGAUAUCUUGGAGAGUUUGCGUCGGUGUCUUCUGCGGGAAGAAGGGCGGAAGAUCAUCCCCGUCUUCGCCGGCGCCAGUUUCCGCAACAUCGGAGUACAGCCGCUGCUCGACGUCGUAACAAACCUCCUCCCCAGUCCCCUGGAAACCCCAGAUCCGGAAGUCAGCAUUGGCGGCGUCAAAGGUGGUCUUCGUCGUCUGCUUUCGGGUGACCUGCUCGUGGAACAGAGCCAAAAAACCGCCACAAAAGGCAAAACCAAGAAGAAGCCCGCCGUGCAAGCGGAUUCCCGCACUGCUAUCGAAAACCUGCAGAGCUGCGCGCUGGCAUUUAAGGUGGUCAACGACCCCAAGAGAGGAGUGCUGGUGUAUGUACGAGUCUACUCGGGGUCGCUAGACCGGAACAGCACUCUGUUCAACACCAAUCUUGGCGUCUCCGAACGAGCGCCCCGUCUGCUCAAAAUGUACGCCAACGAUGCCGUGGAGGUUGACUCGAUCCCCGAAGGCCACAUCGGAGUCGUCGUCGGUCUCAAACACACCCGAACCGGAGAUACGCUUGUCACAUAUGCUGGCAGCAAAGCGCAGCCGCCCGAGCCCCUCGAUACGCUCCAACUCCGUCCGAUCAACGUGCCGCCGCCGGUCUUCUUUGCCAGCGUCGAACCCCACAGUCUGGGCGAGGAAAAGCGUAUGCAGGAAUCGCUGGCCAUGCUCCUCCGAGAAGACCCCAGUUUACACGUCACCACGGAUGAGGACUCUGGCCAAACCCUGCUCAGCGGCAUGGGCGAGCUUCACCUGGAGAUUGCCCGCGAUCGCCUUCUCAACGACCUGAAAGCCAAGGCCUCCAUGGGCCGCAUUGAGAUCGGAUACCGCGAGUGCCCUCUGGACCGCGCCGGACCCGUCACGCAGAUUUUCGACCGCGAGAUCGCCGGCCGUAAAGGCAAGGCCGGAUGCACAGCAUCCAUCGAGCCCUUCGACGAUCUCGAAUCCGCGUCCCCGCCAGACGACGAGGCCCUUGCCAUCCUCACCACCGAGGGCAACCAAAUCAUCAUUGUCGCUCCAGACCUGCAGGUGGAAGUCAACAAGCGCGGCGUCCAAGAAAGCCCUCUACUCCCACCGGGUCUCGACGUGGUCACAUUCCAAAAAUCUCUGACGAACGGCUGUCUGGCCGCCCUCGCCCGCGGGCCCCAAUUCACCUUCCCCAUGUAUAGCACGCGCGUCACCCUCACCAUCGACCCAGUCUCGCACCUCUUCGGCAGCGACACUACGCCCGCCGCCCUAUCCGCCGCGGCGCGCCUCGCCACAGCCUCCGCCCUCCGAACCCUCUCCUCCCCCGGCACGACAGGCAAAACCGCAAUGAUGGAGCCCCUUAUGGACGUGAUCAUCAGUAUCGACGAAGCCAGCCUCGGUGCCGUGGUCCACGACAUCUCGUCCUCGCGCGGCGGUCACAUCAUCUCGCUAGACGAAGAAAUCCCCCUUCCUGCCACCGACCUCUUCUCGUCCCCGCAGAGAGCCGAGGAUAUCGACCUUCCACCCAUCGACCCCAGCAGGGUCUACGCGCCCCUCGAUCCAUUCGAGACACCGUCCGGGGGCGCGGAAAUGCCUGCGUCUGGGUCUGCGGUCCGUCCGCGCACCAUUACCGCCAAAGUGCCCUUGAAGGAAAUGGUUGGGUACUUGAAGCAUCUGAGAAGCUUGAGUGCCGGACGAGGCACGUUCGUGAUGAGUGUCGAUCGGUUCGAGAAGAUGAGUCCGCCGAGGCAGAAGGCAGUGCUUUCUGAAUUGAGGGGAGAGAUGAUUUAG